CGCGGGGCCGGCCGGAUGGCGGGCGGCGCGGGCUGGGCGGGCGCCCCCGCGGCUCUGCUGCGCUCCGUGCGCCGCCUGCGCGAGGUGUUCGAGGUGUGCGGCCGCGACCCCGACGGCUUCCUGCGCGUGGAGCGCGUCGCGGCGCUGGGGCUGCGCUUCGGCCAAGGCGAGGAGGUGGAAAAACUUGUGAAAUACCUGGAUCCCAACGACCUGGGGAGAAUCAACUUCAAGGACUUUUGCCGAGGGGUGUUCGCCAUGAAAGGGUGUGAGGAGCUGCUGAAGGAUGUGUUGUCGGUGGAGAGCGCGGGGUCGCUGCCCUGCACACCGGAGAUCUCAGACUGUGUGGAGCAGGGCAGCGAGGUGCCAGGCCUGACCUUUGCUGAUGGCGAGCUCCUCCCCAGGGACCCCGGCUUCUUUCCCGAGGACGAGGAGGAGGCUAUGACACUGGCCCCACUCGAGGGCCCCCCCGAGUCAGACAUCGACAGCCCCAUGGAGAGCACCCAGAGCCUGGAGGGGUCAGUCGCCGAGGACAAGGAUGGAGGGCUCGGGGGCCUGUUCCUGCCAGAGGACAAGUCCCUGGGCCACACUCCGUCCAUGACCACGUCAGACCUCUCCACACACUCCACCACCUCGCUCAUCAGCAAUGAGGAGCAGUUUGAAGACUAUGGGGAGGGGGACGACGUGGACUGUGCCCCCAGCAGCCCCUGCCCCGAUGAUGAGACCAGGACCAACGUCUACUCGGACCUGGGAUCUUCAGUGUCUUCCAGUGCGGGGCAGACUCCUAGGAAAAUGCGCCACACCUACAACAGCGAAUUGCUGGAUGUUUACUGCUCUCAGUGUUGCAAGAAAAUCAACCUGCUGAAUGACCUGGAAGCCCGACUGAAAAACCUGAAGGCCAACAGCCCUAACAGGAAGAUCUCUAGCACAGCCUUCGGACGGCAGCUCAUGCAUAGCAGCAACUUCAGUAGCAGUGAUGGCAGCACUGAGGACCUGUUCCGGGACAGCAUUGACUCCUGUGACAAUGACAUCACGGAGAAGGUGAGCUUCCUGGAAAAGAAGGUGACCGAACUGGAGAAUGACAGCCUAACCAACGGGGACCUGAAAAGCAAGCUGAAGCAGGAGAACACGCAGCUGGUGCACAGGGUGCACGAGCUGGAGGAGAUGCUGAGGGAUCAGGAGGCCGUGGCCGAGCAGGCCCUGGAGGAGGAGGCGCGGCGGCACCGGGAGGCCCACAGCAAGCUGGAGAGGGAGAAGAGCACGGAGAUCGAGCUGCUCAACACCAGGGUGCAGCAGCUAGAGGAGGAAAAUGCUGAGCUCAGAACAACAGUGACCCGGCUCAAGGCACAGACGGAGAAGCUGGACGAGGAGCGGCAGCGCAUGUCCGACCGGCUGGAGGACACGAGCCUGCGGCUCAAGGAUGAAACUGACCUGUACAAGCGCAUGAUGGACAAGCUGCGGCAGAACCGCCUAGAGUUUCAAAAGGAACGGGAGGCGACGCAGGAGCUCAUAGAGGACUUGCGGAAGGAGCUGGAGCACCUGCAGAUGUACAAGCUGGACUGCGAGCGACCGGGCAGGGGUCGCAGCUCGUCCUCCGGCCUGGGCGAGUUCAGCGCCAGGGCCCGAGAGGUGGAGCUGGAGCAUGAGGUCAAGAGGCUCAAGCAGGAGAAUCAUAAGCUGCGGGAUCAGAAUGAUGACUUGAAUGGACAGAUCUUGAGCCUCAGCCUCUAUGAAGCAAAGAACCUCUUUGCCACCCAGACCAAAGCCCAGUCUCUGGCUGCAGAAAUAGACACAGCCUCUCGUGAUGAGCUCAUGGAAGCCCUGAAGGAGCAGGAGGAGAUCAACUUCCGGCUGAGGCAGUACAUGGACAAGAUAAUCCUCGCCAUCCUGGACCACAACCCCUCCAUCCUUGAGAUCAAACACUGAGACAAGGGCUGGCUGCAGAGCAGCCUUGGGGACUCAGACCCCCGGACCUUGGGACCAAGGGGCAGACCCUGCUUGGGGAUGCAGCCCAAGCCGGGCCACACACGCACUCGCAU